AGACGACAUAUCCAAGUACGUUUUCUCUCAGAGAAUUGGUCAAUUAGUCAAUCCAGAUUACGUUUUCUCCAGGUUACGUUUUCUCCAGGGUACGAUUUCUCCUUAUACCUCUUUUCACACCAUCUAGCGCCUAUUCAGUAAAUGACUGUUGGCUUUGCAUCGGAGAUCGUUCAUUUUGCAUCGGUGUCUGUUGAUUUUGCAAACGAGUCUGUUGAUUUUGUUUUAAGCUGUUCUGUUUGGUAAUUCAAUAUGUUUUUAAAAGAAUAAUUGUUCGUUUUUCAUGAACGUAUUUUUGUAACUUUCCGUCCGCUAUAGAAAUGCAGCUACAUGUGCAUUUCCUAUUUCCUUUUCACAUUUCUCUUAAGUCAUGCGUGGCGUUUAUCUACUGAUUAAGUGAUUUAGCAAAGACCGACGAAUACCUGUUGAUAUAGUUCCAGCACACCUGACUUUUCUCAUUGCGGCUUAUCACUGGACUCUCAAUAGAUGACCAUGGGCUGUUUAAUUCUAGCAUUUAUUUUGGUUAUUUAUAUUGCGUAUAAGAUCUACGAGUACCAAAAAGGUAAAACUUUUAUAGAAAAAAUAACCAAUCGUUACGUGUUUAUCACGGGCUGUGAUUCCGGAUUUGGGAACGACUUGGCCCAGUUAUUGGACAAACAAGGGGUGCCAGUGAUCGCCGGAUGUUUGACGGAAAAGGGCGGUGCGGACUUAAAAAAGAAAACGUCAUCUCGAUUACGUGUCGUGCAAAUUGACGUCACAGAUCAAACAAGUAUCCGAAAUGCUGUGGAAUCUGUCAAACGCAUUAUUCCCAGGUCAGAAGGUCUCUGGGGACUAGUCAACAAUGCAGGGAUUCAGGUGUUGCACGCGCCGCUGGAAUUCCAUUCCUAUGAAGCCAUAUACAAGUGUUUGGCUGUCAACUUGUUUGGUGCUAUUGAGGUGACCAAUGCAUUCUUGCCUCUCAUUAGGAAGGCUAAAGGAAGGGUUGUUUAUACUACCAGUGAUUGUGCAUUCCAAUCUUACGCAUGUCGAGGACCUUACGUCAUCAGCAAAGUUGGAUUGGAUGCUAUGGCAGAAUGUUUAAGACGUGAACUUUAUUACGCUGGCGUGACGUUUCACACCAUUCAACCUGGAGCAUUCAAAACCAGCAUCGUAGAUCCAGAGGAGAUGAAGUCCACCCUACAGAAGGCGUUUGACGCGGCAGACAGUGAGGUACAGGCUUUCUACGGCCAAAAGUGGUUACAGGAAACAAAGGAGCAGUUUGUUAGAAUACCAAAUGGCCAAUGUGAGGACCUAUCAGGGGUAACCAAUGCACUGCAACAUGCUCUGUUUUCCGUUAUGCCCAAAAGAAGUUACCUUUGCGGUACAAAGUGCAAAUUUGACUAUUACCUCUAUCAGUUACCAGGGCGGAUCCACACGUGGCUACGGGCAAUGACUCCGCCCCCUGAUGCCGCCACACAGUCAGACCACUGAAGAUUUCGUAUACAAACGAUGUAUUUUUUGGCAUAGUCAUAUUACUUCUGUGUAAUGUUUAUGUAACGAUAGCAGCAAAAUGCUUAUUAUUUUCAUUUGUUGCUUUGCAUAUCACUAACUUAGAGCAUAAAAAGAGAUAAUAUUUUAGUUUGUUUAUCGCCGUUUUGACAUUUCUUAAAAUUGUUUAGAAAUAAAAUAUAAUGCAAAAAAAAAAAGCUAAACAGAAUCAGGAUGUCAACUUUAUAAUUUGGCGCCAAACUGACUUCUAAUUAAUGAAGCAGUGUCUAGAUUCUGUGUUGGUUGUUCUGCUUUCCAAUCUCUUUAUUGUUUGAUAUGUCCAAUAUUCAAUCUUCAUUAUAAAUAAAUUUGGUGAAGGCACUGCAA